AUGAUACAAGAGGGAAUGAAAAGGAUGGAAGAUAAGAUGACGCUAAAUCACGAUGAAACUAGAAAAAACCAUGAACAAUUGCGACUGGAUGUAGGAGAAAUUAAAGAUGACAUCAGAAAUAUAGAUGAGAAGAUAAUGAAAAUCCAGCAAAAUAUCAUAGAAAAUGAACAGAGAAUACAUAAAGUGGAGGAAAAAACAGAAGCUACAGCCUUGAGGCUGGAGAGGAUGGAGAACCAACAAACGAUGAGGAGCCGGGACACCGAAGAUGCACUCACGUUUCUUGAAAUGGAAAAGGCAUCCUUCUUCCUUAGAUUCCAAAAUAUAGAAGAACAGAGAGAUGAAGACCUGGGCGAGAUUAUGAUCGAAAUACUGGCAAAGGCAGUUAUAAAGAAGUGGGCCUUAGUACCAGAGCACAAAUUAGAGUAUGAGAAAUACCACACAAGUGAUUAUGUGUAUGGCUACCAGCUGGAAGCUUCACCAAGCUCAUUUAUUCAUUUAACAAUUUCCCUCCAGAAGUUCCAACAGAAGGCUCUGAAACAAACUAAGCAGAAGAAAUCUAAGUCGUCUGACUUUCUGAUGGCUGAGCUUUGCUCGAUGACAAAAGAUGAGAAAGUUUCAAUUGAAGUCUUCAAAAAUCCAGCUUUUAACAUCAGCAAUACUGAUUUUUCAGCACAUCAGACUUACAAGGUGGGACUUAUUAGAUAUGACAAGCUGACUAGCAGUCUUGCAGCUCACCCACAAAAACUCAGGUUGUGAGCCCAAGCUGAACCAAGAGGAAAUGAAUGCAGCAGAAAUUACUUUGACCCUCUGAUGGAUGAGGAAAUAAACCCAAGGCAGUGUGGGAUAGAGGUCAGCAAAGAAGAAAUGAAAGUUGAAGAGAUAGAAGGUGAAGAUACUUUGGAUUCUACGUGCCCUGUCAGCAGCAUUAAGACCUCUGAUCUUUGUGAUGAAGUUGAAGAUGAAGACAUUCUCCCUUACAUCGAGCAGUUUGAGAAAGAGGUUUACAAUGAAGUUAUUCUCCUGGGCAACUUUCCAUGUAAACAGGAUUUAAAAUAUGAAGAUAUUUUCCAAGAUGAAAAGUUCAGUAGAAAACUUUCUAAAGUAUUUCAAAGCAAACCAGAAAGUCAGGUGUUGGAAACUGUCUCAAAUGCCUGGAAAAUAAGGGCUGCAGCCAAUCUUCGUAUCCUUCCAGGAGUGAGUCAUAAUUCAAAUCGAACAGCUGUUCCUUGCUGGAAGGUUAACCGCACUAAAAAAUCUCAAUUUACUGAUAUUCAUCUAAAAUGCUUACGGGGUAUCAAAGACAAAGUGCCACAAGGUAGUUACAGUCUCAAGGUUUCCAUCUGUAAACAACUUGAUGGAAAAUUUCUUUCUUCCUCCAAAGUGGAUGGACAACAAUUGGCUGGAAAGUCACUGCCUGUGAGACAUAAUGGGAACUUCUAUGACGUGGAACUCUCUUUCGGACAAAGCAUAUACACAAUAAUUAAACUUCCAUGGAAUUCAAAUGAACAGUAUAAAUAUGAAGUGGGCCUUCAGCCGUCUUCAAAAAUUCUUCAAUAUUCAAGUACUGCUGAGAAGGAUGGGAUUUCAAAGGAAAUCAUAGGGCAACCUCUGACCCCUUGGAGAGAUUCUGACACUCGUAAGGGAAGUAUUCCCAGUGUUGAAAAGGAAGUGAGAAAGCGGUUUAACACGAUGAAGAAGAGCGAUCCAAAUGAUGUGGUUGUGCAAAGCGGUUCUAAGAUCAGACCUGAUGCUGACGAUGGAGUAUUACGGUCUUAUCAGGAGGAAUUGGAGAAACAUAGAUUCUCUGUGUGCUGUCACCCUGCUGUUGACACAAAAGUGUCCACAAGAUUCACCAAGCAUUUCUACUUCAGAGCGUAUGAUGCCUUUUUUGAACUUGGAAGAGGACAGUGGUAUUCCUGGGAUUUUUGGUCGAGUGUGCUGCUAAUCUCUUUCCUUUGGUUUAUACGUCUAUAUCUGCAUUAUUUUAGUCAAUGGAUCUUACUCCACGUUUUUGCAGUUCCUGUCACAAAAUUCCAAUUCUAUCUUUAUACUGUGGAUUUGUGCUACCAGAAUUCUUUGGUACACGCCAGCGAAGAGAUGGCUAUGGUUGUGGUGGGACCUUUGACCUUGAACACAGUGAUGCUUCUUUUGAUUCUGAUGAGAUGGGGCUGUCAACUGUUGUUUGACUCCUUCCCUUUUUACUUGUCAAAGCUGAUCAUGGCUUGGGGAUUCUGGACAGUCCUAGACCCUUUGGCAGUGUUUGUGGUGGAUGCAUUCCUGGGGCGACUUCAUUACACUGCUGAUAAUCCCACUGCUGACUGUGCCAAGCUGUAUUGGCUUUUUCUAAGAACGGAACAGACUGGAAUUCCUGGAGCAUUGAUCACCGUGUUGCUUUAUGCAGUCCUAUUUUUAUUUUCAUCUGCAACUCUGCAUCUAUAUUGGCUCAGGUUAUACAAUGAAAGCUGGUUAUUAGAUUUGCUCCAGAGGAUUCGAGGCGAUGAGACCUCUUUCUUUGUCCCAUGUGACCUGGAAAUCUCUCUCCAAGAGUUAAGCUACCUUGUGAAAAAAGCAGAACAAUGGAGGGGAAUCGGCGGUGAAAGACGAAAGGUGGUUGUCUAUGAAUACUUCUGGGAAGACCAUGCCAAGCAGCCCCAAAUCUCCUGCAGCGGUGUCCAUCCACAAGAUGCAAAUUUGAAAUUUGCAGGAAACUCCAGAGGCGUCACCAUUCAUGUAAUGAUAUAUACAGUUCAUCUUGGGGGUUUCCAAGAACUAUACAGGCACUUCCUAAGACUGCCCGGUGGGGCUAUUGUUGAGACAUUUGGAGAUGUCAGUGGAAUCAACUUUGCAUGCAAUGAAGUCACUGCAGACUUUGAGGAGCACAGAAGUGGAAUGGACCUUCUGCUGGAAGCUUCUUCUUCAGGGAAAUAAGAAAGAAGAUGGGAAGGUAUUAGUUCAGUGGCUGGAAAUGACUAAAACUGUCAAGCAGAAUGAGCCUUAUAAUUAAAAGAAUUCAGCAAAAAAAAAACCCCAAAAACAUUAUUCAACCCUCUUCCCGGAGCCCUCAUUUCUUCACCCUGAUUGUUGAGUAAUGUUUGGGGAAACUAACAGAAGAAGUGUUUGCAGAACAAUUUGUUUUCUACCUAUAAAACAGAAAUGGUUGCUUCCGCCUUAUGCACGCUUAUCUGGGAAUAAGUCUAUUGAUUGCAGUGAUUUAUGUCCAAAUUGAAAUCUUGAGCACUUCUAUUAAAAGAAUACAGUAAGAUGA